CACGGGCCGCCUGUCCCUGUCCCCAUCCCGCUCCUUCCCGUGCCCCUUCCGAGCGUCCGCGGGCCGGCGCGCAGCGCAGCGCAGCUCCGGACAAAUGAAGAAAAUACGUCCUGUGCAGAGUAAAAGAACUUGAUACUGGGAAGAAUCUUACAGCACUUCUAACUUCAAAGCUGGAGAAAAGUAUGAAGGAACAGUCCAUCUGACUCCCUCAGCAUCUCACACAGAACACAAAAUGGCUCUUCAGAAAAAAACUGUUGUUGGUGUCUUGGAGGAGUGGUGUUUGGCGGAACCACUGUUCGGGUGCAGGUGGCACCAAAAUGUCAGGAAAAAACUGAGACUGAUACGAAUUGUAGGGCUCCUUGUCAGUGUAGUUGCCAUUAGUACUUUCUCACUUUCAAUGAGUGCCUUUUUCAAGAUGGAACCACAUAGCAUGGCACUGGUCAGCAGCCUAGAUAGCCAAAAGCUGGUGCAUGGGCACCAAAGAACUCUCUUGGAUUUCACAGAACAGAAUGAAAACAGCACUCCAGAUCCACAUGCUUCUAUGAAAUAUGAAGCUGGACACGACAAUGAAACAGAUGAUCAUGCAAAGGGAGAGUACCCCGAGGACCUUUUCUCUCUUGAGGAGAGAAGACAGGGAGCAGUGAUACUCCACAUAAUUGGAAUGAUUUACAUGUUUAUAGCAUUAGCCAUAGUCUGUGAUGAGUUCUUUGUUCCUUCCUUGACUGUCAUCACUGAAAAACUGGCCAUUUCUGAUGACGUGGCAGGUGCAACCUUCAUGGCUGCUGGUGGGUCAGCCCCAGAACUCUUCACUUCUUUGAUAGGAGUGUUUAUAUCCCACAGCAACGUUGGCAUUGGUACCAUAGUGGGAUCUGCCGUGUUCAAUAUCCUAUUUGUUAUUGGAAUGUGUGCUUUAUUUUCUAAAGAGAUCUUGAACCUUACUUGGUGGCCACUCUUUCGAGAUAUGUCCUUUUACAUCAUUGACUUGAUCUUGCUAAUCAUCUUUUUUCUGGAUAACUUCAUAAUGUGGUGGGAAAGCAUAACACUCCUGACAGCAUAUUUUUUCUAUGUGACAUUUAUGAAGUUCAAUGUCCAAGUAGAAGAAUUGGUGAAGAAAUUUUUAAACAGGAACAAGGUUGAGAAGGUAACAACAGAUGCUGAAGGAAAGUCACCUAAUGCUGGAGACAAGGAUGACCAAACAUUGACGACCAAGCCACGUCUCCAGCGGGGAGGAAGCUCCGCAUCUCUCCACAACAGUCUAAUGAGGAACAGCAUCUUCCAGCUCAUGAUUCACACACUUGACCCACUUGCUGAAGAGCUUGGAUCAUAUGGAAACCUAAAAUAUUAUGACACAAUGACUGAUGAAGGAAAGUUCAAGGAAAGGGCCUCAAUUCUGCAUAAGAUUGCCAAAAAAAAGUGCCAGGUGGAAGACAGUGAAAGGCAGAAUGGAGCUGCUAAUCAUGAGAAAGGUGCAAAAGUGGAAGUUGCAGUAACACCGCCGAGCGAUUCAGGACCAGUGCAGAAUGGAAUCGCCCAUAAUGUUGAAGAGCUUUUCUUACAGAGUGAAGAGGAUGAGGAGGAGCAGCCUCUCAGCCUGGCCUGGCCUGAAACCCCACGCAAGCAGGUCACCUAUCUUCUCGUGUUACCCAUUGUUUUUCCACUGUGGGCUACCCUGCCAGAUGUCAGAAAACCUACAUCAAGAAAAUUUUUUCCUAUCACGUUUUUUGGCUCUAUCAGCUGGAUUGCCUUCUUUUCUUACUUGAUGGUCUGGUGGGCACACCAGGUUGGAGAGACCAUUGGUAUUACUGAAGAAAUCAUGGGAUUGACUAUUCUAGCUGCUGGCACAUCCAUUCCUGACCUUAUUACCAGUGUUAUUGUAGCACGCAAAGGUCUGGGGGACAUGGCUGUAUCCAGUUCUGUUGGAAGCAACAUAUUUGACAUCACAGUGGGCCUUCCUCUUCCAUGGCUGCUGUUUGCUGUGGUUAACAGCUUUGCCCCCGUGACAGUCAGCAGCAAUGGUCUGUUCUGUGCGAUUGUCCUACUUUUCAUCAUGCUGCUCUUUGUCAUCCUCUCCAUUGCUUCCUGCAAGUGGAGGAUGAAUAAAAUCCUGGGUUUCCUCAUGUUUGGGCUUUAUUUUGUGUUCCUGAUUGUCAGUGUCCUUCUGGAGGACAAAGUGAUCCAGUGUCCUGUCUCCAUCUAGUGGAAAGUGACGUUUCUCGACAGAAAAAAGAAAAAAAAGGAAAAAAAAAAAAAAAAAAAAACCAAAACAUAUAUAUUUAUUAAAGAAAAGAUACAUAUGUCAAAACAAAACAGCAGGAAAAAAAACCACAGUGGAAAAUUGCAGCAGGAAUUACCCAUGGAUUUCUAAAUUUCCUCUUCCUCAAUUUUAAAAGAGUGAAAGAAAAAAAAGGAUACAAAGGGUCAGUCUCAGAGCUGAAGAAUGGCUGCUGCUGGACAGUGCAGUUACGCCUGAAGGGCUGAGUCUGGGUGCACCAAGGAUUCCUCUGCUGCAGAACAUCCGUGCUGCUCAGCACUGGACAUGCGAUGUACGCAGCAGUGAAAGUUACUGCUUCUCCUCUGCCUACGGUACCUACCCGCAGACUUCUCAUUCUCUGUAGUAGUAUACACCGACACACAGUGUGCUCAGUUCUUAAAGCUUUCCUCUUCCAAAAGGAUUGCUAAUAUUAACAUUGUGGAGGCACCAUCCCCCACGCACCCUGAUACAGGAUUUUUCCGAUAACCUGCUGAAACUCCUGAGUGGAAAGCAGACACCAAGUGAUGAGUCACAAACAGGGAAGGGCUUGUAUGUCUCUUCAUGUAAGUGGAUUUAUGCAAUGUGAUUUCAGCAAAGCCAGGGAAUUCAUCAGUGUUUUGAUCAUCUGCAUCACAGGUCCGUAAAGGCAAUCAGCAGGAUGUUAAUGGUGGUUUUUUACAUCUUGCAAAACUCUUCAGGUUUCAGAAACUCUGGCACUGAAGGAGCCAUGAUGCCUGACCAUUUUGUAACUGGUGCAGAUUUUCAUUGCAUUCUCAUGCAAAGACCAGAAUGGGGAUAAUCUUUCUUCUCUAAUAGCAACACAGCAUGCAGUGACAUCAUAGAACUAUGUGAACACACCAUUUUUUCUAAUGCAGCAAUAUCAACAGUACCAAUGGCUUUCAGAUGCUGUUAUGAGUUUGCCUUUUCAUGCCAGAAUAAAAAGGCUAAUUUGCUUAUGCAUAGUAUUUCAUACAGAAAAUAGAAGUAGUUAUAAAGUGGCAGCCUAAUUGCUAAGUGAAUAUAUACUUUAUAGGCUUUCACAAUUACUUGGAGUGUAAGGACCUUCACAGCUACAUAUAGUUAUUGCUGGAAGAGAUCUCCAGCUGUUGUAUAAAGCUGGGAAGUUCACAUUUGCUGUUAUAAAUCUUGAAACUAGUUAGGAGAAACACAAUUUAAAUACAGUGGAGCUGCAGGAAACUUACAUGAGAAUACUUCAGUGUUGCUGGAAGUGUACAUGUCUAAAGAAAGGAAGGAGUGAAAAUGCAACAUCCUUUUUUUGAGAUACUGAGACAAUAAGAAGGUCCAAACCUAGAACAGAAAAAAAUAAGAAGGGAGAAAGCAACUAACUUUCAGUAGUUUGGCUGACUUUUUUAAAAAAUGAAAGGACUGGAAUGAAUGUUAAGAAAUUAUUUCAGAUAAUCAUAAUUUGUUUGUUCAAGUCUUCUGUGCAAUUAAGAGUUCAUGAAGUUUCAGUGCAUUUCUAUGACCUAUUUCAGCAUUGUUUUAUAUGUAUACUGUGCUCACAAUGUCAAUGUCAUUCGCACAUCUGUGUAACAGAAGUCUCAGCACAUUUUGUCUUGUCUGUUUUUCUCUGCUCCACACUGUUUGUUUCUCACUCAUCUCCUUUUGUCCCUUACUGUUUUCCUCUUAUAUGUGUUUGUAUGUAACAAUGUAUGAUUAGAAAGUAAGGACUUGACAGAAAACAAUGGUAGAGAAAACAGUACAAAUUCAUAUUAGGAAUGUUAAUAUUAUGUGAUAUCAUGAAGAAAAAAAGUGAGAUGUUAAUGAAAUAAA